ACCAGAUGCCGUUAAAGGGGAAAUCCUGCAAAUUGCCGGGCACAUUGUCGUCUGUUUUCAUUUAUUAUCGUUAUUAUUGUGAAAGAUGAACGACCCAAACAAAGCAAUCAGCGUGAAUCUCUCUUCCCUGCUCAGCUUAAAAGCAGAGUUGUUACGGAAGCAGCAUGAGGUCAGGCUAGCGAAGGCCAGCAAACCAUCCGCCACAGAGUUCCGGCCCAACAGGGAGAGCAGAGACAAGGAAAAGUCCAAGGAUCACGGCUACAAGGCGGUCGGAAAAAGUGGAGAUGAUGCCAAGGUGUACGAGGCAGAGGACCAUGCCCAGUUGGACAAGUCCCGCCGGGUGCUGGAGGCCAAGAGCAAGUUCUACGACCGGAUGAGCCGCAGCGGUGGCAGCCUGAACUCUGAUGACAACUGCCUGGUGAUGUUCAAUCGCAAAAAGCAGGAGGAGUGCCACCAGCUGCCGCAGAAGAGUGAGACCCGCCAACGACAGAGCAGCAGUAGUAGCUCCAGCGGGGACGAGGACGAGGGCCAUGAAGACGACGAAGUGGAGUACGUGGAUUGCCUGGGGCGCACUAGAAAGUGCCUGAGAAAGGAACUAUCGGCGGCCAAGAGGCGCGACAGGCAGCUGGCCGAGAGCAUGCCCGAGCGGCUGGAUCAAACGAAGGCCAAUUGGAUGAUAGAUACCAAAGGCAGCCACGUCCAGAACAGCGAAGACGAAAAUGACGGCGAUGGCGAGCCUAGUUACGGACCACCACCUCCGGAGAGCGUCUUCAGUGAUGCCCUGUCCACAAUGACCAAGCACGACGAGCAGCGCCUAAACUGGGAGCGAAAGGAGCAGGAGAACUUCGACAAGCCUGACGUGCAUUACCAGGACGUCUUCUUCGACGAAGCGCGCACCCAUGGCGUUGGCUACUACGCCUUCUCCACCGACGAGGCAGAGCGCAAACAACAGCAGAUUGCCCUGGAGGAAGCCCGCAGAGCCACGACCGCGGAACAGAGUCGACGGGAAGAGAUGCUCUCUAAGCGGAACCUGCUCGUAGCCGAUCGCGUGCUCGCCGCCAAGAACAGGAUACGGGCACGCAACGGCUUGCCGCCCAUCAGUAAGGAGGAGUACGAGCGCGAGCAGCAGCAAAAGAAGGACGAAGAAACGGCUAAAGCCGAGGCGCGGGCGCAGGAGGAGCAGAAGAAGAGGGAAGUAAUUGAAAGAAAGAAGGCGGACGAGGAGGCCGAAUUAGAAGAAGCAAGAAAGGAGCAUGUAAGGGACUGGGACCGGGAUAAGCCCGGCGUUCCAGCCAAGCGGCGGGGAUCAGAAUCACCCGAGGAGGAGGAGUGGAAGUACAAGGCCGAGCGGCUACCCAUGUCACAGGAAGAGUGGAACGAGAAGCAGCGUGCCCAGCGGCAAUCAGAGUUUGCGCCAAUGCCAGAGCCCCCAACUCAUCCAAAACGCAGCAAUUUCAACAGCAUGCCACCACCUCCGACGUGGGAAGGCGGGUCAGCGGAGCAAGAGUUUUGCAAUUUUCAUACCACCAAGCGGGAACGCACAUUCCAGCGACGCAACUACACCUCCGGCAACGAGGACAGUUACGAUGAAGAACCUGGGUCCUCCGCUCGAGGCCUGGGCGCCGCCAUUCCACCGCCACCUGGACUGGAUGACACUGCUGCUCCGACUACAGCGAAGCGUGCCAAGUCCCAGGCUGACCUGGAGCGCUCUAUCGAGGCGGGUUUGAGGUUUCUGCGCGAUAACAGUGACAAGGGUGUGCUGGGAAACAAGGCCACCUGGACAGCCAAGGCGGAUUAUUAGGACUGUUAGAGUUUAAAGUUAGGUGCUUUGUAUAAGCAAUAUAGUUUAUUAUAAUCAUUACGUGAAAAUAAAUUUUUUCUAUGCGGUUUGGAAUUCCUUGAGCGUAAA